GUUUCGGUGUUGGUAGAUCUCGCGAUACAGCAAAACGAAGCUACACGACGAUUUGACCCCCCCUUCACCAGUUUUGCGGCUGACCAACCCAAUUGGAGGUAAAUUGUGAGAGAUUGAUCUCUCAAAGCCUUCAAGAUGUCGCAAGUCCUCGGUCUGACAAAACUGGCCUACUCUCGAGUAUGGCAUAGUGUAUCUGCCUCCGCCCCUCAUGCCACACUCUCUACUCAGCCCGGCGUUACACCACCUUCACUCGGCCGUCUCGCAUCCCGCAUCGCCGUUCUUCUCAUGGGCAAGCACAAGCCGAUUUUCGACCCAUCAACCGAUUGCGGUGACUACGUUGUCGUGACCAACUGCGCCGCUCUUUACACAACCGGCCGCAAGAAGUGGCAAAAGCCUUACUACCGACACACGACACGACCUGGCAGCCUCAAGUCCAUAACAAUGGACGCACUCAUGGAGGCGCACGGAGGCAGUGAGGUUCUGCGCAAAGCUGUGCGUGGCAUGUUGCCCAAGAACCGACUACGAGACAAGCGAUUGGCAAGACUUAAGGCGUUUGAGGGCGAUGCUCAUCCGUACAAGGAUAACUUGAUACGGUUUGCUGGCGUACCAGUGGGAGAGGAAGGUUGGGAGAAGGCCACCGAAAGGGUCCGAAAUGGCGAUAAGAAGCGAUUAUAAGAAAUCACGGGAGUAACUAUGGAACGAGGGAGCUGCGCAGUAAAGACUAUGCGGAUGGGCUAUGAGAGUCCUUGUACUAUUUGUACCAAUAUCUUGGGCAUAUUAUGACCUAGCACCAAGCAAUUAUCAACGUUUUCAUGA